AUGGUUGGUAGGCCAUUACCUAAUCAUGAAGUUAGAGUGGUUGAUAAUGGGCAACAUUGGUUUGAUGAAAGUGAUUUUGAAGAUUUCCUUGUUGCUGCUGAUUCAGUGGAUAAUGAGUUAUUCCCUGAACCAGAAAAUGAAAUACAAGUUGUAGUUGAUGACAGAAUUGAUGAGGGGAUGGAAUUUCCAGACAAGACCGCUUUUAAGAAACAUCUCAGAAAAUACUGUGUAUCUACUAGGACAGAAUGCAGGUUUAGUAAGAGUGAUAAUAUUAGAAUCAAGGCUGUGUGUAAAGGCUUUGGAGAUCCCAUUCUAUGUCCGUGGUAUAUAUCUUCAAGGAGGAUCCCUGGUGAGGCGACUUGGAGCAUAAGAGAUUUCCACUUGAACCAUACUUGUAUUGGGGAUCCUUAUGGGAGGAAUUCAUGUGCAAAUCCAAAAUUUGUAGCUCAACAUGUGAUCAACAAGCUAAGGGAGUCACAUGGAAAGAAUGUACCUAAACCUUCUGAGAUAGCUGCCGAGUUUUGGACAAGCCACAACACCUUGAUCCCGUAUCACGUUGCAUGGAAGGCUAGAAACAAUGUGUUGGAGAGGAUAAACAGAAGCUUUGAUGAGAGUUUUAGACUCAUACCAAGUCUGUGUGAAAUGAUCAAAAGGACUAAUCCCGGAUCAAUUGCUACUUUCACUUACGAAAGAGACAAUCGCUUUGAAUAUGUGACCAUAUCUUUUGAUGCCCCAAUGAGGGGUUUUAUAAAUGGUUGUAGAAAUGUGGUUGGGCUGGAUGGUUGUUACCUGAAGGGAAAGUAUGGUGGCUGUCUACUAUCUGCCACUGCUCUUGAUGGGCAGAAUGGAUUGGUUCCUUUUGGUAUCAUGGUUUGUAUAAACGAGUGUGCGGAGAACUGGUUCUUGUUAUUGAAUAAUCUCAAGCAUAGAUUGGCUGAUCAUCCCGUUGAGCCAAUCAACUUCAUAUCUGAUAGACAGAAGGGUUUGAGAGACGCUGCCCAAAAGUUGUUCCCUACUUCACCACAUAGGUUCUGUUUCAGGUUACAAACUAACCUCCAAUAUGAUCAUUUUAUUGUUACAAAAUACAUAAAGUAUGUUCUAUAUUCAUGGCAGGCACAUGCACACAUGGAUAGUAUGAUGUCAGAGAAUGUUAGUGCUUGUCAUUAUUUGAUGGGCGAGGAUCCUAAAAGCUGGUGCAGGUCCUUUUUUGACCACAAGAGCGCUUGUGAACACUUGAGUAACAACUUUUCUGAAAGUUUCAAUAACAUGAUAACCAACAUUAGGGAGAAACCUGUCUGCAAGAUAGUUUUGAUGUAUGGACAACUAGUGAUGGGGAUGUUUUACAAGAGAAGAAAUGCUUGUGUUGGAUGGGAUUCUGGGGAUUUGGUUCCUACUGCCAAAAAAUUAUUGAAGAAUAUGUUUAAGAAAAGAGGGGAAUAUAAGGUAGAAGGAGCGGUUGCUGGCAAGAUUUAUGAAGUCACAAGCAUACAUAAUACAAUAUUCACUGUUGACCUUGAGAAACAUACUUGCAGCUCCAUGCAAUGGCAGCUGAGGGGUUUCCCCUGUCAACACGCAAUCUGUGCUCUGCAGCAAAUCAGGCCCAAUUGUGUUGAGUAUUGCGCCAGAUACUACUCAGUGGAUAACUACAGGACCACCUAUGUCCCUGAUAUGGUGCCAUUGGAAGGGCCUGAGGACUGGGAUGAGCCAAGAACAACUAUUGUUCCUCCAUUGCUCAUUACGAAACCAGGCCGGCCUAGGAAGAACAGAAGGAAGGCCUAUAAUGAGACCCUAUCCGAGAAGAAAGUCAGGUGCUGCAGCAAAUGCAAGCUGCCUGGUCACAACAAGACAACUUGUCCUGGUGGUGCAAUUGGCUCUAAUACAAAGAGAAAUAGGUCUACAUCUGAAGAAGGCGGACUGGCAUUUCAAUCCCAAUCAUCAUCAAAAGCUGGAAGUGCUGGUGGUUCUAUGCCUGCAACGAAGAAGCCAAGAAAAGCUACGACUCAGCAGUAG